CAGCUGCUUACAAAGAGACAAAACAAACUCCCUAGGGUCUAAAAACCCCAAAAUUUUCUCUUCGAUUGUUCUAAGUUUCUAACGAUGGACGCCGAUGAGAAGUUGACGGAAUUGAAGAAGGCGUAUGCGGAUAUGAUACUUAAUACAGUGAAAGAGGCAGCGGGGAGGAUUAUGAUAUCGGAACGGAAAGCUUAUCGGUUAGAAUUCGAGCUCAAAGAAUCCAAGGAAAACGCUCUUCAGAUGCUUACGCGACUUAAACAGAUGAUGGAUUCGAAGAUUAAUGAAGCGGAAAUGGUAUCCCAAAUCCAACAGAAGAAAAUUGAAGAACUAGAAGCACAAGUCCAAGAAGCUGAGGACAUAGUGAAAGACCUCAGAGAAGAGUUAAGUUUCAUGCAUGCUGAAUUAGAGAGGACCAAACCAAAAAAUGCAGUUAACCCUGAUUCCAUUCCAACUUCUGAUGUUUGGAAUUCUGAUAAAGAUGAGAGUAACACAGGCCAGACCUUGUAUAAUUCUUUAAUUCCUUUUUGGAAGUCUUAUGUUAAUGACCAAAAUUUACCGGCUAUAAUCUCAAGAAGCAAAGCAAGGAAGUUAUACAGAAGCGGUUGUUCUCAUAGAAUUCAUGCAUGUGAAGGGACCCUAUAUGAACAAACAAAUGUCCUUAAGCCUGAUUUGAUUACUGAAAUGGAUGAAGAAAGUGAGAAAUUACAUAAAGAGCCCUCCCUUGGGGAUGAAAGAAAAAAGGACAGGAAAAGAGCGAGUCCAGAUGGGAAAAAGAGAUCUCAACCGUUGGAUCAAGUUGAUGAGAUUGAUCAUGUGACUGAGAGUUCGUAUUCAACCAUGGCAAAGUCAGCUAAGUGUUUAUGGGAAGGUUCUGGUGAAAGUAUUAAUACCGUUUUGGAUUUGGUAAGAGUAAGCGACGUUCAUAGAAGAUUAAGAGAGGAACUUCUACCUAUGGAAUGUGAAAAGACUGAAUUGCCCCCAACCUCAGAAGCUCCGGUUGAUGCCCCGGAGUUGAAGGCUGUUGAGACUGGCGGGGUUGGGGUUCCUAUUCAUACAAUAAGUGGUAGAGUUAUCAAGUACACGUUCCAAAGGAAGAGGAAACGUGGCACAUUCAGCACCAAUGGAAGUCACUUAGGUGACAACAUGAAGAAGAAGAAAAAAGAGGACGGAAAUGCCCUUUUGGAGACUGAGAAAGUCAUCGCAACAGAAAAGUCAACUCAAGAGGAGACUGAGAAAGUCAAGUCAAUACAAGAGUCAACUCAAGGAGAGAAUGAGAAAGUCAUCUCAAUAGAAGAGUCAACUAAAGAGGAGACAUACCUAGAAAAGGUUGCUAAACAGCUUAUAUAAAAUGGUGACAAUGAAUCUCUGAGUGAGAGGAAGAAGCAAAUACGUAUAUAGAUACAAGAUUUAACAGUUAUUGGCGAUUCAACUCUGGUUGGAAGGGUAUCAUUUAAAGACAGAAUUUAGAUCCUUUGAGGUCGAUAACUUAAGUUGGUUAAUGUUUAUUAAGUUGCAGCCAUUGUUGUGUUGUUGAGUCUUUUGUUCGUUUUAGGGAAUUUUGACUUAGACUGUUGUUAACUGUAAAUGUAGCUUUAAUGUUUAGUUUUGAAUGGUGGAUGGUUUACAUGGCAUUGUUUGUUGCAGCCUGUUUAAUCUUUAUAUCUUAUUAUGAAGUUGGAACA